GAAGAAAAGAAAAAAAAAAAACACGACAUCAAGGAGAGGCAUAUACCCCGGCCACGACUCUCCGUCAACCCUCUUUUUUCUUAACAUAUCCUUCUGAUUCUUUUCCUUCACUGUUCUUUGUAUCAUUCUAUUUCCAAAUAAUACAGCAUGUCUGCUACCUUCAGAUCCCUCGCACCGUUCGCCAGAACGGCGCGGUUCGCCUUCAAGAAGACGGGCAACCCCUUGGUCUCACUCCAGCAGCAGUCAAGGUCUCCUGUCCUGAACUUGAGGAGAGGCUACGCUGUGUACGAGAGGACAAAGCCUCACGUUAACAUCGGCACAAUCGGUCACGUCGAUCACGGCAAGACCACCCUUUCGGCUGCCAUCACCAAGAGGCAGGCCGAGAAGGGCUUUGCAAACUUCCUUGACUAUGCCGCCAUUGACAAGGCCCCCGAGGAGAGGAAGCGUGGUAUCACCAUCUCGUCAGCACACAUCGAGUACUCUACGGAAAACCGUCACUACUCCCACGUUGACUGCCCUGGUCACGCCGAUUACAUCAAGAACAUGAUUACUGGUGCUGCCAACAUGGACGGUGCCAUCAUUGUCGUUGCUGCCUCAGAUGGUCAGAUGCCCCAGACCCGUGAGCACUUGCUUCUCGCUCGCCAGAUCGGUAUCCAGAAGAUCGUUGUCUUCGUCAACAAGGUCGAUGCUCUCGAUGACCCUGAGAUGUUGGAGCUUGUCGAGAUGGAGAUGCGUGAGCUGCUCAACAGCUACGGCUUCGCUGGCGAUGACACCCCCGUCAUCAUGGGUUCAGCCCUUUGCGCUUUGAACGACAAGCGCCCUGAAAUCGGCCAGCAGAAGAUCGACGAGCUGCUUGAGGCUGUUGACACCUGGAUCCCCACCCCCGAGCGUGACCUUGACAAGCCCUUCUUGAUGUCGGUUGAGGAUGUCUUCACCAUUGCCGGUCGUGGUACCGUCGUCUCGGGCCGUGUCCAGCGCGGUAUCCUCAAGCGUGAUGCUGAGAUCGAGAUUGUCGGCAAGUCCGACGAGGUUGUCAAGACCAAGGUUACCGAUAUUGAGACCUUCAAGAAGUCGUGCGAGGAGUCCCGCGCUGGCGACAACUCUGGUCUGCUCCUCCGUGGUGUCCGCCGUGAGGACAUCAAGCGUGGUCAGGUCAUUGCUGCCCCUGGCAGCAUCAAGGCCCACAAGCAGUUCCUCGUCUCUCUCUACGUCUUGACCAAGGAGGAGGGUGGAAGGCACACUGGGUUCCAGGAGAACUACAUGCCUCAGAUGUACAUCAGGACUGCCAGCGAGGCCUGCUCUCUGCACUGGCCCGAGGGUACAGAGGAUGCCUCCAGCAAGAUGGUCAUGCCCGGUGACAACGUCGAGAUGACCGCUACCCUGCACAGCCCUAUUGCUGUCGAGCCCGGUUUGAGGAUCAACAUCCGUGAGGGUGGCAAGACUGUUGCCACUGGUCUGGUUACCCGCAUCCUCAAAUAAGCUUGAUAUGACAUCUGAACCUGACUGGUAGAGGGUGGUGGAUUGAUGGCAAAAAAAGUGUAACAAAAAGUAAGAUUGGUGUUGUGAGAUAGCUAGAUUUCGUGUAUAUGUACAUUAUUUGGGAUGUCUUGGUGUAUAUCAGCAAACUCACGACUCUACAAUUCUUCUCUUGAUACGAUCACCCAUAGUUAUUGUCUACAUAAUAUUUGAGUGUUUU